UCAUUUCUCUCUCUCUCUUCAACCAAAGCAAGAAAAUUAACUCUAUUUUCUUUCCUCUCGAGCAAAUCAACAAAACCCGUCAGAUUUACCCUCUCAAUCAUGUCGACAACACCAAGGAAAACCUCCGUCAUCAACGGUGGCGACCGGCGGCAGCCGAGCCGGCUUCAGCGGCGUGCUCCGGCUUCCUUACAGAUUAGUCCAGUGUCGAGCUGGAACGUUGCGAUCCCUCUCUUAUCGCCGCUCGCUUCGUCGCCCCCCUCGAUUGAUCGGAAGACGGUCGAGAAAAGGGAAGAGCCACCUCGUCAAGAGCAGCAGCGGCAAAGCCAGACAACGGAGCCUGAGAAGAUUGUCUUUAAGAUGUGGCAGCAUCCGGCGGCGCCGUUCUGUAAUGAACCGGCGCCGUUAGUGCCAUCGUUUGUGCCGGUGUAGAUGUAAAUGCGGAAAAAAGGGAAAAAGUAGUUAGAUCUAACGGCGUGUUUUUGUUCAACAUUGCACGUGACUAAUUUUGUAUGGAAUUACAGAAAUGCCCAUCAAUAUGUUCAUAUAAUACUUUUGAUUUUUUUUAA